UUGGUCACAGGACUUUUGGGAGAGAAUCAUACAAAACCAUACUCGAUCAUUCAGAUUUGAGAGGCACUAACCCACUCUGAUCUUUCUCUUUUUAUUUCUGUUUGUGAACAUUCAUUUCUGUGACUAAUUCAGUUUUGCCAGACGGUGUUGAUGUCCAUUUGAUUUGGUGAUGCUAAGCCUCAGCUGACCUGACGUCCCCUUAUUUCUGUUGAGGAAAUAAGGGCGUUCUUGUAUUUGUAUAGUUUUGAUGUGCACCCUCCCCUCGAUGUGUGUGUAUAUCUUUCUCUCUGAUCAUGUUGUAUGUGUUGCUGAUUGUUCUUGAUGUUGGUGAUCUCUGUGAGUGAAUAUCUCUAUGUGAGGGCAGUAUGUGGUGGUUUCAGCGGGGGCUUUGUGCUCUCCCGGUGACUCUGGUUAUCUGGUCAUCCGCAACGUUCCUCAUCUCUUACGCCACGGCGGUCGUGUUGGGCCAUGCCGACCUACUUAUUCCAUACAUAAGUGACACGGGCACUGAGGUUCCUGAACGCUGUGUGUUUGGCUUCAUGCUGUCAAUCUCAGCUUUCUUAGGGUUGGGCACCAUGUAUGUGCGAUAUAAACAAGUUCAGGCUUUGAUUUCGGCCUCUGAGUCGGGCUUACAGCUGCUGAACUGCACAGGCCUCCUGAUGGGCAUCUUCAGCUCUGUUGGCAUGUGCGUUGUGGCCAACUUUCAGAAAACAGAUAUGAUGUCCAUCCACCUUUUGGGAGCAGGGCUGACCUUUGGUCCUGGGACGUUGUAUAUCCUAGUUCAGACUGGCAUGUCGUACCGCAUGCAGCCGCGUUUCCACGGCACGGAUAUUCUAUGGGCGCGUAUGGCUGUGGGAAUGUGGUCGCUCAUUAGCAUCAUUACACUUUUCAUAUCCUCUGUGUUAAUGUAUGAUGACCUGCCUGGCGUGGAUGUAGCUAAUAAGUUGCACUGGCAGCCUGGAGAGAGAGGUUUUGUAGCGCAUCAAGUCAGUGCUGCAGCUGAAUGGUCUCUGGCAUUCUCCUUCAUCUGCUUCUUCCUCACGUACAUACGUGAUUUCCAAAAAAUCACUUUGCGGGUUCAGCCUGUUCUUCAAAGUAACCAUCUUUAUGACUAUCCUCUCUAUGAAGAGAGAGAGCACAUGCGGCAUGGAGAACGCUCGCCUCUGCUGGCUGGUGCCAUGUGAGAGACUCGGCCACCUUGUGUCUGACAUCAAGCACUGCAGCACACAUUCGGUGGACUGUACUUCACAAAUUUCAAUAUCCCUGGAGAAAACUUUUAACAUCCAAGACACGCUACUGUAAUGCUACGUUUCUUCCUAAGCUUUAUGCAUUAUUCUGAGAAUACUGAGAGAGAGUCUAGGUAUGUACAAAUAUUUUACACAAGUUUUAUCAGCAAAGUAAAU